AUGAAACUUGUUUCAGCGUCCUCAUGUGCUCUAUACAAAAUGCUAUUAUUUGUCCUGCUGGUUAGUACUGUACUGGGGGAAAAUCAUUCGCAAAAUCAAGAUUUCACUGAAACAGAAAAUGCAGCUAAGGCAAUUAGGAAGUUAUUAAAUGGUGAAGUAGACACUAUCAAACUAGAAAAUGGAAAUCAACUGAAAAUAAGAUCCAGCGAAGAAAAGUAUGGUGAUUAUAACGGAAUUAAUGAUAAAACUAAUUAUUCAUUUGUAAGCAACUCUGAAGAAGAAAGCAUUCAAGCAGACUUGUUAGGAAAAAAAGAAUCCAAAGAAGUAAAAAGCAAAAUAAUUCAAGAUCAAGAGGAUUUCUACAUAUUGGAUGACGAAAGCAUUGAAAGCGUAGCAAAAAAAUUUACCAUGGAACAUGGAUUUCAUGAAUCUAAAAUUGAUUCAUUUACACAAAGUCUUAAGGGUAUAAUUAAAUCACUGAAUAAUUAA